CGACUCACAGGUUCGUGCUGGCUGUGGGCAGUGCUGUCUUUGAUGCCAUGUUCAAUGGGGGCAUGGCUACUACGUCCACCGAGAUUGAGCUGCCCGACCUGCCCGACGUGGAGCCGGCUGCCUUCCUGGCGCUACUCAAGUUUCUCUACUCGGAUGAGGUUCAGAUUGGGCCCGAGACGGUCAUGACCACACUGUACACCGCCAAGAAGUACGCAGUGCCUGCCCUGGAGGCCCACUGCGUGGAGUUCCUGAAGAAGAACCUGCGGGCGGAUAACGCCUUCAUGCUGCUGACUCAGGCCCGGCUGUUUGACGAACCACAGCUUGCCAGCCUGUGCCUGGAGAACAUCGACAAAAACACGGCCGACGCCAUCACCGCAGAGGGCUUCACGGAUAUUGACCUGGACACACUGGUGGCUGUCCUGGAGCGGGACACGCUGGGCAUCCGUGAGGUGCGCCUGUUCAGCGCUGUUGUCCGCUGGUCUGAGGCCGAGUGUCAGCGUCAGCAGCUGCAGGUGACACCUGAGAAUAAGCGGAAGGUCCUGGGCAAGGCACUGGCCCACCCACUGAUGACCAUCGAGGAGUUCGCCGCAGGGCCUGCACAGUCAGGCAUCCUUGUGGACCGCGAGGUGGUGAGCCUCUUCCUGCACUUCACCGUCAACCCCAAGCCCCGUGUGGACUUCAUCGACCGGCCACGCUGCUGCCUCCGUGGGAAGGAGUGCAGCAUCAACCGCUUCCAGCAGGUGGAAAGCCGCUGGGGCUACAGCGGCACAAGUGACCGCAUCAAGUUCUCGGUCAACAAGCGCAUCUUUGUGGUUGGCUUUGGACUAUAUGGCUCCAUCCACGGGCCCACAGAUUAUCAAGUGAACAUCCAGAUCAUCCACACAGACAGCAACACGGUGCUGGGCCAGAAUGACACGGGCUUCAGCUGCGACGGCUCCGCCAGCACUUUCCGAGUCAUGUUCAAGGAGCCGGUGGAGGUGCUGCCCAACGUCAACUACACAGCCUGUGCCACGCUCAAGGGCCCGGACUCCCACUACGGCACCAAAGGCCUGCGCAAGGUGACCCACGAGUCGCCAACAACGGGGGCCAAGACAUGCUUCACCUUCUGCUACGCGGCCGGGAACAACAACGGCACAUCCGUGGAGGACGGCCAGAUCCCAGAGGUGAUCUUCUACACCUAGGCGCCCAGGCCCCACGUGGGCGUGAGGUCAGCAGCUCGAAGCCGCCUGAGACAAGUGGACCACCCCGCCCCACACCAGCCCCGGCAGACUCCCCACACUGUGUCUACCCCUGGCCACGUUUCUGGGCGUCUCUGUGGUGGUGAGCGUGGCUGCCUGUUCAGAGGAGCCAGGAGGUGGCCAGGCAGGCAGGGCUGUGAGACAUCCCUCAGGACCGGGGAUGAGGGGAGCCCCUGGAUGUGGCGUGCCACCCACCACCCCUGCAGCUCUGGGCUGCCUGGCGGUGGGACCAUGUAGGCCGUCAUUUUGUUUGUGUAACUGCACAUGGCAAUGCAUCGAUUCCCCUUUGUUCACCUGGUAGGAGUAAGGUGUGGGAGCACCUCUCGUGCGUUUGAUUGGGAUCUUCUGUUCCUUUCAUUCUGGUCUGUGCACUGGGGCACUCAGGCCCCCCCGAGCUCGGGCCUCAGGAUGCAGGCCUGAGCCCCAGGGGAUAGGACCCUGGGGGUUUUGCACCCCUCAAGGUCCUACAGGUUAGCUUUCCUGCCAGGCUCCUCCCAGCCCUGCAGCUGAGGGCACAGGCCUCAGCAGGUCUGCUCGGGAGGGGCAGUGAUGUGGGCCAGCCACGUGGUCACGCCCCCCAUUGGCUCAUGGGGCCCAGGGGGCCCUGCCCAUUUGCCCACCUGUACAUACUGUCUCCCUACCCCAUCCAGCCCCCAAGUAAGCGCUCUGCCCAGAGGUGCUGGAGGGCGCAGCCCCUCCCUUUACUCCCAGGUUCUCCCCAUGUAUUUCUGCCCGUGAUUCCUUCUGGAAACUGUGUUCUCCCUGAAGCCAUGAAAGGUGUGCCCUCCUCACACCACCCCCCCCCCCCCAAAUGAUUUUUUUAAAUAAAGGAAGAGAAACACCUGC